GCGCCGCGCCACGUCCGGAAAAUCCACCUCCCAGACUGCAGCCCGGGCCAGGCGGCCCGCGGUUUUCAAGCGAAAAUAGAGCGAGUCGAAGCCGGCGCCGAGAGACAAGAUCUGCGCGCGACGCGCGGCCAGGGGCGCGCCAGUCUGCUCCAAGAAGGCGCGCACGCAGUGCCUCACGGCGCGUGCGCGGACGUAGUACCCUCGGUGAAUAAGCGGUGCGCGGCGCGCCGCGCCCGGAACCAGCAACGCGGCAAAGGGGUCCUGCACGUACCCGCGCGCGGCCAGGGAACGCUUGCUGAGGGCGCUGCUGUCGUUGGUGCUCUGUACCGCGCCUGCCCGACGCUCGCGGCUCCGGGGGCCCAUGGCCAGAAGAGACUCAGGAAUAGCAGUCUGUCACGGUUGUGAGCCGCCCCUUGGUUAGCACAGUACACACCUCACGGACCUCGGUAGGGGAAAAAGCCACCCAUGCUCCUGGACUUCCCUUUCCGCCGGCACUUGUGCGUCACUUCCUGGAAGACCGCAUCUCGCCAACCAGAAUUGAGGAGGGUGUAGCCAGUGCUAAGUUCGCUUGCGGCUGACCUUUGUUUUGAAUGUCCUGAGUUCCGUUUACCCCAGAAUAGGGUCCGCUACCGCUGUGACGUGUUAGGGAAGGCGGGUUGUCACGUUUCUACAAGCCUUCCAGUCAAAAGUGAAAGCUUGCCUAAGUCCUCGUAGUUGAGAAAUCUCUAAAAGGUGGAAGCAAAUACUGCACAUGCGUGUUGGUCCUGUGAGGGAAACCAGCCAGUGGAGAGGGAGAGGUUGAAGGAACAGAAAAAUGAGAAGAUAACUCACUGGAGGCUGAAGUGGGAGGAUCGCUUGAGUCUGGAAGCUUGAGACUGCAGCAAGCUGUGAUCGUGACACUGCACUCCAGCCUGGGCAACAAAGUAAGAUCCUGUCUCAAAAGAAAAAAAAAAGGGGUGAAGCUGAACCCAGAUCUACACAUACAGCUAAUCUUACCAAAAUGUGUGGAAGUAAAGCAAUCUGAAGGAAAUUCAGUACCAUACAAUUUACUGACUGAAAUACAUCAUAUUGCUCAUACCAAGAAUAAGAGUGGAGAAGAACCAUUUUUUUUUCCUGCUGAAAUGAUAGAGGCAGAAGAGCAACAGCCUUGCAAGACAGACUUCUAUUCUGAAUUGCCAAAAGUGGAACUUCAUGCCCACUUGAAUGGAUCCAUUAGUUCUCAUACCAUGAAGAAAUUAAUAGCCCAGAAGCCAGAUCUUAAAAUCCACGAUCAGAUGACUGUGAUUGACAAGGGAAAGAAAAGAACUUUAGAAGAAUGUUUCCAGAUGUUUCAAACUAUUCAUCAGCUUACUAGUAGCCCUGAAGAUAUACUAAUGUGGAAAAAGAAAAAAGAAGAGGCCUACAACUUGGAUUGCUAUGAAUUCACCAAGGUCACAAAAGAUGUCAUAAAAGAAUUUGCAGAUGACGGUGUCAAGUACCUGGAACUAAGGAGCACACCCAGAAGAGAAAAUGCUACUGGAAUGACUAAAAAGACUUAUGUGGAAUCUGUACUUGAAGGUAUAAAACAGUCCAAACAAGAAAACUUAGACAUUGAUGUUAGGUAUUUGAUAGCAGUUGAUAGAAGAGGUGGCCCUUUAGUAGCCAAGGAGACUGUAAAACUUGCCGAGGAGUUCUUCCUUUCUACUGAGGGUACAGUUCUUGGCCUUGACCUCAGUGGAGACCCUACUGUAGGACAAGCAAAAGACUUCUUGGAGCCUCUUUUAGAAGCUAAGAAAGCAGGUCUGAAGUUAGCAUUGCAUCUUUCAGAGAUUCCAAACCAAAAAAAAGAAACACAAAUACUCCUGGAUCUGCUUCCUGACAGAAUCGGGCAUGGAACAUUUCUCAACUCCGGUGAGGGAGGAUCCCUGGAUCUGGUGGACUUUGUGAGGCAACAUCGGAUACCACUGGAACUCUGUUUGACCUCAAACGUCAAAAGUCAGACAGUUGCAUCUUAUGACCAGCACCAUUUCGGAUUCUGGUACAGCAUUGCCCAUCCUUCUGUGAUCUGUACUGACGAUAAGGGUGUUUUUGCAACACACCUUUCUCAAGAGUACUAUCUGGCAGCUGAAACAUUUAAUUUGACCCAGUCUCAGGUGUGGGAUCUGUCUUAUGAAUCCAUCAACUACAUCUUUGCUUCUGACAGCACCAGAUCUGAACUGAGGAAGAAAUGGAAUCAACUGAAGCCCAGAGUGUUACAUUUUUAAGCUAUAAUGAGGUGAACUACUUCUGAGUAUGUGUUGCAGUCAAGGUCCUGCUAUAUCCCACUUAGUAAAACAGUCCACCACUCCUUUGAAGCAUAGCAGCCAAGUUCCUUGGGCUCUAUCACCAGCACCUUACACGUGGCAGGUACUCAGUAAAUACGUGUCUUCAACUGACUCACAAGCUCUCAGGUGCUUAUUGGGUGGGACUUGACUGUUGUUGCUAAUUAAAUCCCGAUUCCACCAGUGAUUAUUGUGACUCAGCAGUCCUUCCCUAUUAGUGAUCAUAAAAUUUCAGGGAAAUCAAAGUUUCUCAUCAGGAAAUGUUUUGGAAUUACUAGUAUAAAGUUAGGAAAGUGGGGAAAUUAGGUUACUGCCGAGACCUUUAAGCCUUCUAAACAGCUUUAUAUUUUAUUGUACAUACUUUAAUCAGACUCCCUUCACUUGCUUUAAGUUUUUAAAAGUAUUCCCCAGCUGGAUGUGGUGGCUCAUGCCUAUAAUCCCAGCACUUUGGGAGGCCAAAGUGGGCAGAUUGCUUGAUCCUAGGAGUUCAAUAGCAGCCUAGGCAACAUGGAGAAACCCUGUCUCUACAAAAACAAAAAAGCAAAAAACCAGAAAUUAGCCAGGCAUGGUGGUACAUGCCUGUAGUCCUAGCCACCGGGGAAGCUGAGGUGGGAGGAGACCUGAGUCCAGGGAUGUUCGAGGCUGCAGUGAGCUGUGAUGCUACAGCACUCCAGCCUGGGCAACAGAGUGAGACCCUGUUUCAAAAAAAAAAAAAAGUAUUCUCCAAGAUCCCAAGACCAUUGACACCAGACCAUAUUGUAUACCAGAGAUUUAUGUGAAUGCCUAGGGAUGACCCUAGUGACAGAUAAAGCUGGGUGCUGAGAUCUGGUUUUGCCUCUUUAUGAUUGUCCCCUCAGUACUAGAAAGAGAUUGAAGUCAUUGCUCCAAUUUUGGAAGAGGAGAGAAUAACUGGCUGAGAGGUGAAAAAGACAGAAAUAGUUGCAGGUUUCUUUUUUUUUUUUUUUUUUUCAACAAAGGCUUUCACUCUGUUCCCCAGGCUGGAGUGCAGUGACGUGAUCACAGAUCACUGCAGCUUUCAGUUUUAAACAGCUUCUAUUACAUUUUCUUUGUGGAAGCUGUAUUUCCACCUUAGUACUCACUUUCUGCUCGGUCUAAAAGAUACCUCUAGUAGUGGCAACACUGUGUUAAGUAGAGUUCAUUGGGUCUCUUGUAACCCUACCCCUACAUAAUGGACCACUGGUGCAGGCUUACAUAAACACACAUACUGUGGCCACUUCAGCUGAAGACAAGGGACAAACUAAGAUAGUUCUGAAAGGUAAAAAAACAAACAACAAAAACAAAAUUAUUAGAUACCAAGUUAUGCUUGAAUUGCUUUGCUCUUUAGAAUGUGUAUUUUUCCCUGGUAUCAGAAGAAGUUAAGGCUGAUGACACCCCUAAUUUAAAUGACUAAGGGUUUCUGAUAGGUUUUCUGUCUUUCUGUGAUAUCGUAUUUAUUUGGUCUUUGACCCUGUUUCCUGGCAUACUGCUCCUAAAAUCCUUAGUGUCUCCAGAGUGAUGGCUUUUUGUAUCUAAUGAGGACUGCUGGCUGGCAGCCCCUAGGGGCUGGUCACUGGAAAGACAAAAGCAUGAUUAGAGUUGGGACUUUCAGUCCUCCUUCAAACUCUUGGGAGAAGGGCUGAAGGUUAAGUUGAUCACCAGUGACCAGUGGUAAUCAUACCUUCAUAAUGAAGCCUCCAUAAAACUCCAAAAGAACAGAUUUCGGAGCACUUCCAGGUAGCUGAACAUGUGGAGGUGCUGUACCUGAAGAGGGUGCUGUACCUGAAGAGGGUAUAGGAGCUCCCUGUCCCUUCCCACAUGCCUUGCUCUAUCCAUUUCUUCAUCUCUAUCCUUUGUACUGUCCUUUAUAAUAAACCAGUGAACCUAAGUGUU